AUGGCCGAAGACGAAAGGCUAGGCGACACGCUGACCAACAAGUCUGCACGCGUGCGGCAGUUCCAUACCCGUAGUAAGACGGGCUGUGCCAGUUGCCGAUCCCGUCGAAAGCGAUGUGACGAACAAAAACCACAAUGCAAUAACUGCAUCAACUUGGGGCGGGUAUGCUCCUACAGCCCCAUCAAGAUUCCACUUCGAGAACGCAGGGCCCAACAGAAAGAGGUGCAACCCUGGGAACAGACACCCUGGCAUAUCGAGCAACCAUCACAGCAGCUAUCAGUCAAACGCACCCCAAUACCCACCCCACUGCGUUUCAUGAACCAGGAUCGAGAGUACAAUAGACUGGCCUGCGAGAUGCCUUUGAAAUCACAUGAACUCUUUCAAUAUUUAUUCAAGUGUCAACAAGGGCUCAAAGGCAAUCAAAAGACAACCGCCGCAAAUUGCUUGGCAGAUGGCAACUUUGGCUUUUACAGAGGUGAGGUGCUGGGAGCUGAGGCUCAUGCCAGUGGCCUUCUCGCAAUCAUCGAAAAUGCAGCAGCUAGAGACAAGAAAGAGAAUCCAGAUAUCUCGAACUUCAAAACACCUGAACAAGAACUAGCGAACCGUUACUUCAUCAUGGCAUACACUUAUAUAUGUGGCCUCAAAAGCCUCCUCGGUGGUGUUUGUCGUCUUGGCGGUUUCGACGAUGCCCGCAUAGAAGACUUUUCAGCCAAGGAACUGGUCGAAAUGUCCUACAUAUGGCAUAAAGGCGAGGCAUCACAGUCCUGGGCUUUGAAGCUCCAGGCCCUUCGAUUACUGCCUUUCUUUUUAACCCCUCUGCCUGAAGGGGCGACUUUGACCUAUGCCGACGGACGCGAAAUAAUCCAAUCCCUACGGGAGUUCACGACAGCGACGGGGAUCGACCCUUCGUCCACGAGUGUAUGCACUGAUCCGCCUGACAAGAUAUUCGACAAUUUUUGGAGACGAGGCCCCGCCUCGAGGUUACUGGGAGAGUGUGUUCUCGCCCAUGUCGAAACUAUCUCUGUCAAGAAAAAAAGGUCUCAAGGACUUGGACGGCCUGGCACAUCUUUCGAAGGUCCAUGGUGUGCGCUCGUAACGUCGGCUAUUAUAUACGGGCAGACUAUCCUCGGUGCACUGGAACCGGUUGACAAACGUAUGCACAAGUACACCAUUACCUUGUUCCACCACGAUAUGUUGUCGUAUCUCGAGGAAAGUCGGGCGUCCACUGACCCUGGAUUUAUCCUUUGGCUACUGAUACUCGGUUUGAUCGGUUGCUAUACGUAUCCAAAGGGUGAGAGAGAUCAAACUCCCCAUCCUAGUUUUCUGUUCUUUCAGAUGGCUAUUAAGCGACAAGCCAAGGAAAUGGAUAUUUCGUCUUGGUCAGAAGCAAACUUUGCAUUAGCCAAAGUGGUAUGGCCCAGUAAAAAUGACGGAUUCGAGUUCGUUGAGGACCUCUGGAAUGAGGCUUUUUCAUUGCGAUCCUAG